AUGGAUGAAGCAAUAAUUAAUGAAGAAUUACUACUUCUGAUUAUUAAUUUUCUUAAUGCUGAUUUUCUAUCUGAAAAUACUAGAGCAGCAUAUACAGUCCGAUUAGCUGCAUUGGAUACUAAAAAUAAUGAAUUACAAUUACAGGAUAAUAAGUACAGCUUUGUUAAAGAAUUAGAAAAAUUUUCUUAUGAAGAAGAUGAUAAUUUUUCAAAUAAAAGUUUAAUAAAUAAAGAAGAUAAGGAUACAGUCAUGAGUUUAAAUGAAGAAAAUACUAAUUGUGAGAUAAAUAAUAUAAUUGGAUUUGAUAAAAAAUAA